ACUAUUUGGAGAACUCCAUCAGCAAGGCAAUGCCUGUUCUGAAAUUUCUGAUGUUCAGUUUAAAAUCUCUGUUGGGAGCAGAAGAAAUCCUGGUUGGGAAGACAAAGGAAACCUACAAUGGAGGAAGUUGAACAGAAUCCAUGGGAUGAUGUGCACGAGAUGAUGGAAAUACCAAAAUUAAAAGUCACAAAACAGAACCUUGACUACCUGAACUCAGACCUUGAAAAAGACCUGCAGAGACUAGAUGAGGCAAAUCAGGUUCUUCUUAGAAAAAUUCAAGAAAAAGAAGAAACGAUUCAAAGUCUGGAAAAAGAGAUCACCCUGUCACUAGGACGAGUCAAAGAGAGAGAGGAGUUGAACCAUGUCAUCUCAGAGAAGCAGGAAGCCCUACAGGAUCUGGAGUUAGAGACAGCAAAGCUGGAAAAAAGCAGUAAGACCCUAAAAAUGGAACUUCAGAAGAAGCUUUCAAGGAGGUUUAAGAAUGCUGGCCUUGAGAAAGGAACCCUAAAGCAAAUGCUGGCAGAAAUGAAGGUGAGACUACAAAAGUCAACAGAGUCCUGUGCAAAGCAAGAGAAGGAAUUAGUCAAGAUAGAGAGUGACUACCAAUCUGUGUAUCAGCUCUGUGAGGACCAGGCUCACUACAUAAAGAAAUACCAGGAAAUUCUGAGGCAGAUGGAAAAAGAAAAAGAGGUGCUGCUUCUUGAAAUGGAAAUAUCCAAAGCCCAGAAAAACUCCUCCCAAACAGUGAAACCUGGGUCAAUUCUGGUAGAGACCAUCCAAAGCAACAUGGAGAAGACCAUCAUUAAGAAACAGAAGAGAAUCUUUUGGUACAGGCAUUUCCGGUGUCUUGUCUUCAUGGUCAUGAUCUUCAUUAGGCUGCUGGGUUACAUGCUUUUCUACCUGCAGUACAUAAACCCAGACCUUCUCACAGAUGCCUUGGACAUGGUCAUGAGCAGGGGCUCCUUGAAGAGGCUGAGAGAUGUCUUAUUUCCCUUCCUUACUCUAGAGGUGGAAGAACUUCUACCGCAUUAGUCUUUGGUAACUUGGGGGGCUUCACAUCACACCUGAAGGAGGAGGGCAUGGCUGUGGCCCCAUGCCUGGGGUGGACCAAGAAGGAAGUAGAAGCUUUGACACAGAGCUGCUACUUGACAUCUCAUUCAUU